AUGGCCCAAGGCUCUCAAAAGCCCCGGGAAGUCCUGUCCCGGACCAGGCAGGCGCUGCGCCGUCUUUACCACCACCACCACCAACCUCCCGCCCGCCAGUCCCAAGACGUCGCGCCUAGAGAACGCCACACGCCAACGCCCGACAUGUCUGCAGCCGUUCUUAGCCACACGACGCCCGCCGCCCUCCGACCGGGGCCCCUGGGCGAGACCCUCUCGCAGACGUACGAUUGGACCUAUGUUCUUAGUGCUGAGCAGCUCGUGGAAAUUGAUGAGGCUCUGAGGCAUUUUAAAUCGCUCGAUCUACAGCUUGGCCACGUCUCGGCCGAGACCUUCCCGCUCCCAACCCUAAGACUGGAGCUCCGCCGCCUCUCAAACGAGCUCCACAACGGCCACGGCUUCUUCGUCAUCCGCGGCAUCCAAGUCGACAAGCACACGCGCCAAGACAACCUCAUCAUCUACGCCGGCGUCUCCGCCCACAUCGCUGCGAUCCGAGGCCGCCAAGACUCCCUCUACCAGGGCAAGCCCGCCGCCGUCGUGGUCACGCACAUCAAGAACCUCAGCACCCCGGCACUGACGGCCAAGCUCGCCAGCACGUGGCGGGUGUACAACCAGCUCGCCGCCACGAGGCCCGACCUCGUGCGCACGCUCGCCGAGCCCUGGAACGUGGAAAUCUUUGGCAACAAGGGCCGCUGGUUCGUCUCCCGCCCCCUUCUCUACCACCAGCCCGCGUCCGGGUCCGCCCCCGAGCGCGUCGUCUUGCAGUACGCCCGUCGCCAAUUCGUCGGGCCGAGGCGCUCGACGCGCUACACUUUUGGGGAGAAGUUUUGCGUGUCGACGGGGUUCGAAAAGGGGGACAUACAAUACGUCAACAACUUGGCUGUUUUCCACGCGCGGGACGGAUAUCGCGACUCGGAUACGAAACAACGCCACCUGGUGAGGCAUUGGCUGCGCGACCCUGAACAUGCUUGGGUGACCCCGAACCUCUCCAGGAGCGUUGGUCGUUCCUGUCAACCUGCGAUCCCGAACCCGCCAAGUCCCGACCGCCCAGCCAACAAUAUCCAGGCCGCAGGUUCAGGAGGGAUCGAAUCCGCGGGCUUGGCCCGAAUGUCGAGUUUGGUUACGGCGAUGGCGCAAGAGGAACUGCUAGUGACAUUCCAUCUGAAAGCCCGCCUUGGUGGCGGCGGGGGCGGCUCCGCGGAAUCCCAGCCCCGGCACGCCUACCCGGCCGAAGCCACCACUGGCGAGCAGUCCGACUCUGAAGCGUCCGUCCUCCGCGACGGCGAUCUUGCCUACGUCCGCGUCAAGGGCGGCAAUGGAUCGUUGCCAUCGUACCAGGAGGCCGUUGGCGCGCCCGUGGAGGGUUUAUCGCCGCUGGGUUACGAUGUCGGGUGGGCGACCGUCAUCUUCCUCAACGUCAACCAGAUGAUUGGCAGCGGUAUCUUCUCAACGCCGGGCACGAUUUUGAAAAACACCGGAUCGGUGGGCCUCGCCCUCAUCUACUGGGUCAUCGGCUUCAUCAUGGCCGUUGCCGGCUUCGCGACAUACCUCGAAUUCGCCAGCUACUUUCCCAACCGAAGCGGCUCCGAAGUCGUCUAUCUCGAACAGGCGUAUCCGCGCCCCCGCCACUUUUCCCCAUCGCGUUUGCCGUCCAGACCCAUCAGCAUCACAGGUUUCGUCGUUCUCGGAAAGAACGUCGACCAUAUCCCGGACCCGGGCUUGAACUACCGCGACGCCUUUGCCGGCACGACAGACAACGGAAAUGACCUCGCAGGAGCUCUUGUCAACAUUGUCUUCUCCUACUCGGGCUACGCAAACGCCUUCAACGUCGUCAACGAGAUUCAGAGACCCAUCCCCGUCAUCAGGAAGAACGGCAUCAUUUCCGUACUCCUCGUCGCCAUCCUUUAUAUUUUCUGCAACAUCGCAUACUUUGCUGCCGUGCCAAAGGACGAGUUCUCCAAGUCGGCCGAGAUCGCGGCUGCAGUCUUUUUCAAGACCGUCUUCAAGACGCGCGGGGCCGAGAUUGCGCUCAACGUGCUCGUCCUCAUGAGUGCUUUUGGAAACUUGUUGGCCGUCUUGAUCGGGCAUUCGCGGUUGAUUAGGGAGGUUGGCAGACAAGGCGUUCUCCCCUUCACCAAUUUCUGGGUCUCCACCAAGCCCUUCGGCACUCCUCUGGGCCCGUACCUCCUCAAGUGGGGGAUGACUUUCCUCAUGAUCGUCGCGCCCCCGCCGGUGAUGCUUUCCAGUUCGGUAUACCCCGACGCCAUUUUCCACGUCCUGCUCGCGAUCGGCCUCUACGUCGUACGCUACCGCCACAAGCGCGUGGGCCAUACCGAGACCGACUUCCGGGCCUGGGACGUGCUCGUCAUCUUCUUCAUCCUCGUACAGCUCUUUAUCGCUGUGAUGCCGUGGUGGCCGCCAAAGGGCGGCGCGUACGCUGGAGACGUCAGUUUCUGGUACGCCACGUAUUGCGUCGUCGGCAUCGCCAUGUAA